UUUUGCAUAAUUUCCAGACUUAAAUACUAGCCUAUGCCCACUUCUCACAAACUUCACGCAUCGUCAAGAACACCCAACACAAAGCCUUCCAUUUUCAACACUACCCAUCAGCCCAGAAGAUAAUCAGAAAGCUCAAAUAUAUAUCAAAAACUUGAGCUAUGUUUCCAAUAACCUCCCAAAUUGAGCUGCCAUUAAACGAGAAUGACUCCCAAGACAUGGUCAUCUACCAAGUCAUAAAUGAAGCCGUACCGCAAAACGUUACAUGCAACCCUCCAAGAACCUCCCAAGUUAACUCAUCCAACGCGCUCGACCCCGCCCGGACCAUCGCCAAGAAGCACUACAGAGGCGUCAGGCGCCGCCCGUGGGGGAAAUUCGCGGCGGAGAUUCGUGACUCGGCCAGACACGGCCAACGUGUAUGGCUAGGGACGUUUGAAACGGCGGAAGAAGCUGCUUUGGCAUAUGAUAAAGCCGCUUUUAAGAUGCGUGGUGCUAAGGCUUUGCUUAACUUUCCAGCUGAAGUUGUGGCGGCAUCUUCUAAUUUAUCCUUACAUAAAGCAGAUAAACCAAAUUUGAGCUUGUCGCCGUCUAGCUUAGUGAAGAAUAAUUCAGAGGUAAGUGGGAGUGGAAGUUCCAGCACGAUUUCGAUUGGGACUUCAAGAUCAGAAUCCGAGAGUAGCACAAGUGGGGAGUCACGAUACAUGGGACAAGAUCAGUUGGACAAAUUGUUGAAAGAUUAUUGAGACUCCGAUGGAUCAUAUGGCUAGGUACUCACAGAUGAUUGUCCUAAACCUAGAUGUUAAAGUUUAUUUUGUACAGGGACAAAAUCCCAAAAUUACUACAAUCCAAAAGAGUUAAUUAAUUGGAUGUGUGAACUAUUCAAUA